AUGGCUUCAAAUCCAGAUGACUACUCUCAAUAUGAUUUGUUUGAGAUAUUCGAUUGCACAUACAAAGUUGUCUCCGGUCAUUCGAUAGGAUGCAGUGUCUUAGUGCCAAAGACUCUGUUGGCUAAGAUGAAACUUGUUGGACCUCGGCCACUUAUGAUGCGUUUCCAUGCUGGAGGCUGGAUCGCCGCUUCUCGUCUGUUUCCCAACUAUUUUAGCCCCUGGCAACUAGCUCUUGCCGCUCGACAUUCGGCUUUGAUUGUAACGCCCGACUAUAGAAUGCUUCCCGAAUCAUCUUUGGAUGAACUUAUGGAAGACAUUGAAGACUUUUGGAACUGGGUCCAGACUGAGCUGCCGGGAUUCGUACGAAACUAA